GUGAAACAGAAAUCUCUGGGCAGAGUGGACCAGUCCCUCCGUGAAAUAUGGCUGCUGUGCCAGAAGAUGAAGGCCAAACUCCUGGACUGAAACUCCCCAUGCUUAGUGUUCAGAGUAUGCCCAUCAGAGAAAAAAGGAGAAGCCAGGAGAGUGCUACGCUGCCAGGUCUCAGGAAGGAUGCUCAAUGGAAAGAGACAUUCUAUGAGAAGGUACAACAGAGAGCGUUGAAUCUACAGAGGGAAAAGGUGGAAAAGAUUCAUGUACGUAAGGCAGAGGAAGAAAAGAUAAAAAAGAAAGAACCUCUGGACUGGCUCUCUAAGGAAUGGUUGAGUGAAGAGAAGAUGACAAGGGACACCAGGGCCUAUUUGCUCGACAAACUCUUACCCACAUUAGUCCCAGGAGUAGAAAAAUUGUUAAUGGAAGUGGAAAGAAAGAAGGUGCUUGAAACAGACCAAGAUCCACCCAAGUUUGAUCCCAUUAAUUUUCUAGGAGACUAUCUGAUGAGGCAUAACCCUCAGUUUGACACAUCUGCAAAACUAGAUCCCUACAAGAGAGGGAUGAAGGCUGUCAUGGAGGAGUUGAAAACUCAGGUGCCUGAUACAGCACUUAACAGGCUAGCCAGGAUGAAGUCUGAGGUAAAGAAAAACCGUGAGCAAAGGGAGCAGGUGGAGAAAAUCAAGUCUCAGGUGACAGAGAUGCGAAAGGAGGCCCUGGCAGUGCAGUUCAAAGAAUGGACAUUGGAUGUCAAUGGAAGGCUACCACUUGCACUGGUUCAGAGUGCCCUGAGGUCAUUUCUGGAUGUCAUUUCUAUUCCUUUGGGAGCAGGGCCAGAGAUCUACGACAGGAAGCUGGAAACCAUAGAUACACUGGGGAAAAAAGUGAAUGAGGAAGAGUUUAGGGAGUAUGUCCAUUCUCACAUCAAAACCUUUACAAGUGACACAUUCCAGGAAUUCCUGAAGCACCUCUGGCAGUGUGCUGAUGACUUCCGAGAUAUAAUAAGACAUGACAUCUGGCGGCAGAUGUUUACUGAACUCUUCCUGGACUGUGACCAUGGAAAGGCUGGCCUCUUGGACAGGCAGAGGACACUGGCCUUACUCGAAGACUUCUAUGACAGCAGCCCAGUGAUUGCUAGGAGGGGAUUCUGUAAUCCAAGACAAUGGCCAAUAAUUGAAUUGCAAGAAAUAGAGCUUACUGAGUUCUGGGGAGACUUUGAUGAUGGACAGAUAGCUUCUGAGGAAUCCAGCCAAAUAUUUGCAUGGUCUCAAACAGAAGUUUCUGAGGGAAGGACUCUAUCCUCUAAAAUGCUAGCUGCUAAUGGUCAAGCUGCAUAUGAAACUUGCAUUUUGAUAGAUGAACCAGGAGAGCCAGAGGCAGAGCAAGACCAAGCGGUUGCUCUUGAACAAAAGGCCAUGAGUGAAUCUGGGACAGAUGAGAUCAGUAAGGAGGAACCUGGUUUAAUUGGCGAGCUUAGUGAGAUUGUUCCAGUAAUUGCCCUCGAAGAAGAGUGUACAGUCUCACUUACAGAACCUGGUUCUGAAGUUCAGGUGAAUCAAGAGGGAGAAGGUUUCACUGCUGAGUUAUAUGAAACUGUUUCAGCAUCAAUUCCUGGAGAAGAGAAUCCAGUCUCAGAGGAGAAACAUGGUCCUGAAGGACAGGUCAGCCAGAAAGGACUCUAUGUAACUACAGAGAUGGAAGAAACUGACCCAUCACCACAUCCCAAAGCACCAAAAACCCUCCUGGAAACGGAAGCAAGUGAUGCUAAUGUGAGCCAAGAAGCCUCCAAAUCUGACAGUAGAAAGGGAUCUACAGCCUUUAAUAAGGAAACUACUUCCAGUGAGGACAUGGACACAGAGAAUCAGACGGAUACUGCAGAUGCAGAGAGCCAGAAUGAACCUAUUCCAGUAGCAGCUCCUGGGCAAGAGAAUGUAAACAUAUAUAAAGAACAUGGUUCUGAAGAAUGGGUCAGCCAGGAAGAUCAUAAUGUGGCUACAGAGCCAAGUGAACUCAUUCUAGCCCCGAACUCUGAAGAAGAGAAUAUAACCUUGGAGAAGGAACUUGGUUUAGAAGCACAAGUUUGUCAAGAAGAAUAUUUGAUUGCAGAGCUGAAUGGGGCAGUUCCAAUACUAAUGCCUGAAGCAGAAAGCAUAAUCUCAGAAGAGGGAGCUGAAUCAGAGAAGAAAAUCACUGCUCUAAUACCAGAGUAUGAAGAGGAAACUGCAGAUCUUGGGAAAGAACUCCCUGAAGAAAAAGAGAGUGGUUCUGAGGGACAUGGUAGUCAAUCAGAAUUACAAGCAAGCACAGAGACCAACAUGCAGGCUGAGGACUCCACACCGAGCCUUCCACAUGAGAAAACACUUCAUGGCAGUCAAUCAGAAUUACAAGCAAGCACAGAGACCAACAUGCAGGCUGAGGACUCCACACCAAGCCUUCCACAUGAGCCAACACUUUUGCAAGACCAGAGUACAGGUCCAUCUCAUCCACCAAGAGAAGCUUCCCAGGCACAAGCUAGAGAGGCAUUUGAAAAGGCAGCCCAAUUGAUUGAUGGAAUACCAUGGUCAGGUGACCUUCUGGCUUCUGACCUAAGUUUCAGGUAUAGUAGCUAUGGUGAGAAAAUUCGGGAGGACUGGAACAAUGAAUAUUCCAGAUUUGCAGACUUGAGUAUGCUCAUGGCAGAUAUUCAGACCCAUGGUGCCUCCGUUGCCAUGAGUGCCUUUGACAAGAACUGCCUCAACCUACCCCAGUUCGUACAGCUCCUGGAGACCUUUGUUGGUGAAGACAGCUCUCUGCCAACUGUGAAGAAACUUGUUGCAUUUGUGAAAGAAGGAUAUGGACAGACUGAAGAGGAAAAAAUCAAACAGUUGGAAAAAGUUCACCGUAAGGCUCUCUUGGCCCGAAGGAAACUGCUCCUGGAGGCACUCUUUGAGAAGUGGGACAAUGAAUGCUCCGGGUACCUUGACCUGAAAGAGGUGGAUGCUGUUCUAAGCACAUUUAAGGAUGGAAUGGAAAAAGAGGCUCUGAAAAAGGCAAAGAAGCACCUUCGCUGCUCACACACACACCCCGGUGGUGUGGUGAAGUUGUCUCCAAAGGAAUUUCAAACCUAUCUGGAAUUGGUUGUUUCUGAGCUUACUGGUAACGAAGACGAAGUUCUUGAUACGGUGGUGGAGUUUCUGACCAUGAGCGUGGCACAAACCCACGUGGAGCGCCUGCGAAGUUCUUCCAGGAGGAAGUGGCUGCACAAUAUCCAGCAUGCAGCUGAGACCAGUGGGGCAAGCAUGGAGCCAGUGUACAAGGCAGUCUUUAAGGCACUUUCCCAGGAUGCAGAAGCCCAUGGGAAUAACAAGAAGAUCAGUGCAUAUAUUGCCCUUUUGGAACAGAACCAGCUUUCACCAGAGCGGGGAGAGGUUCUCCUGCGGUAUGUGGCUUGCACCUCAGAUGAUGCCCCAUACAUCCUAAACCAGGCACUUUACAGGGACAUGAAAGGAGUAAGCUUUGCAGCAGCAGAAGAGGGGAAGCCAAUCCAUGUUCCAAGAGUUAAGUUCCAUGGAAAUAUUCACUUCUGGAACUAUGACCGGCCAGAACGAGAGAGGAGAGGCUCAUUCCUGGUGCUGCCACUGCAGGAUUCCCGAUGGAGGACCUUCGGGAUUCUAAGACUUGACACCCUGUGGGACCAGUGUGAGCAAACCAUCUUUCUAACCCACGAGAUCGGUUUCUAUCAGGGGGUUUCCCGCAUAUUCAGCAAAGCCUACCACCAUGUCCGCACACUGGAAAACAUAUUGCAGGUUGCAUUCACUGCUGUGGGUUGGCUCUGCACCAGGGCACCCACCAUCCGCAACAUCACUAUGUACCUGGUAGAGCCUGGCAAAGAUAAGACAGGUGACUACAUUUUGCGUGAGAUGAUGACUACAGAUCACUCUGGGCACAUGGAAAUCCACUCCCCUCUCACUGUUCUCCGCAGGAGAGAAAAUAUUUUCAGAGAUUACCUCUUCAAGUGCACAGACAGUUCAGAGGUCAUUAGCACCUUUGCCUAUGGAGAGCCUCACAUUGCAGUUCCACUCCGUGAGCCAACAGGACGGGCCUUUGGGGUGUUUGAUCUCAACCCUGCACAUUACCAGAGGUUACCACCUCAUGAGCACAAAGACCUGCAGAUAAUGCUGAAGAUGGCCCAGGCAGCUUGCUCCGAGAUACUGAAAGAGUCUUCAGGGGAAACAGACCCAAGCUAUGUCCUAGUAGCAGAGCACGUUGCGGAUUUGAGGCACGCACAGAUUCUCUUUCAUCAGCUCAUGUUGCAGGACUUGCGUGAGUGUAUCCAGAAACUCGAUCCCGAGUCCUUUGCCAACAUAAAGAGCUAUGCAGAGCCUUCAGCCAUGGUGCAUAACAUACUAAAGGGUGUGCUGCUUCUUUUCUACCCAGAGUGGGUAGGUUCGGAGAAGAUUGUGAACUGGAGUCAUUGUGUACUGAAACUUGAUGGUGAUUUGAUUCAAAAGAUUUGCCUCUUUGACCCAACUGCCACGUAUGUGCAGGUUCAGACGGGGCUGCUGGCUAACUGUAUCAAAGGUAUACCUAGAGAAGAGGUGUGGAAGCAUAACUCAGUUCCAGCUGAAUACCUGUAUAACUGGGCACUUACCUGUCUAACACUAAUAGAGCUCACAAAGGAACUACAGCAUACACAAGAUUCACCUUUAGCAUCUCUGACUCCAAGACCCAGUCUGAUUGCAUACAAGUCAACAGAAGUUUUGCUGUCCUCUAACCCUAGUGAUUCUAUUAUUUAAUGUUACUUUUAAAUGUUUGGCUUUAUGUUUGCUAUUCAUAGCUAAUAAACACAAGUUGCUUACCAGGUGUAGAAAAUCAUUAGGAAUAUCUCAGUAAUUUAUUUAGAAAUGUUAAAAGGAACAAUUCUGAUGGCAUAGGUGGGUCAUUCUAAACUCAAGAGACUUGACUGAAGAGAAUACUAUUCGGUUUUCAUUUAAUUCUGACAAGAGAAGAGGAUUAAGCAAGAUAUAUAAUAUAUAACUUGAAAAUAUAACUUGUAUGUCUAUCACAUUACAUGAUUCAUAAAUGAUAACAGAAAAAGCCCUUCUGAAUUGUGUAUUUAGCAAAGAUUCAUUUUCCUAAAGUGACAUUUUCAAAGUCACUUUAAGCCUAGAAAGGAUUGAAGAGCAUGCUUUUACUUCUCCCAAUGGGCAGUACACUUAUUCUGGAAAAUCCCUCUAGCUUUAAUGUGACAGGAGUUUUCUUAUCGUGUUAAAGCUUGUUUACAGCGAACUUUACUGCUCUGUUGCACGAUUCCAUCUUUGCAAUGAAGUAUCUUUUGGCAGAAUCCG